AUGCAGUUCUCAAAACUCAUUUCCUUUUCAGCCGUCGCUACACUGUUGAUGUACUCAUCAUCCGUCCAAGCCGCCCCCAUGGUCUGCAACAAAGCCUGUACCUUCAUUUACCAGCCUGUCUGCGCCCAGCUCAAAUCUGGCGAGAAGCAAACUUUCGGAAACGCCUGCACCCUCGGCGUCUACAACUGCCAGCACCCGCACGCCAAGGCCAAGGUCCUCGCUCAGUCGGCCUGUGAGGAGAUGUAUCCAACCUGCGACAUCAUGUGUGCCAUGGUCGAGGAUCCCGUCUGUGCGACCUCCAAGGAUGGCAAGACCCGCCAGACCUUCGGUAACUCCUGUCUGUUGAGAGUUCAUAACUGCCAGAACCCAGAUAAUUUGUUCAGUGUUGUCUCCGAGACUGCCUGUGAGGUCGAGGAGGAUGAGGGAGCUGAUACCGCCGUUGUCCCCGCCCCCGAGAAGCGCUCAACUCCUAUGCUCCCAGUCUGCGAUAUCAUUUGCACAAUGGAGUAUGCUCCCGUCUGCACGGCCUCCAAGAAUGGAAAGCACUUCCAAACGUUCAGCAACAAGUGCGCCCUCUCAGUUUUCAAUUGCCAGAACCCCGACAACUCGUUCACCAUCGUUUCCGACGAAGCUUGUGAAACCGAUGCCACCGAGACCGCUGCACCCGAGAAGCGCUCAACUCCAUUGCUCCCAGUCUGCGAUAUCGUUUGCACAAUGGAGUAUGCCCCCGUCUGCACGGCCUCCAAGAAUGGCAAGCACUUCCAAACGUUCAGCAACAAAUGUGCCCUCUCAGUUUUCAAUUGCCAGAACCCCGACAACUCGUUCACCAUCGUCUCCGACGAAGCUUGUGAAACCGGCGCCGCCGCGGUCACCGUUCCCGAAAAGCGUUCUACCCCCUUGCUCCCAACCUGCGACAUCGUCUGCACAAUGGAGUAUGCCCCCGUCUGCACGGCCUCCAAGAAUGGUAACCACUACCAAACAUUCAGCAACAAGUGCGCCCUCUCGGUCUUCAACUGCCAGAAUCCCGACAACACCUUCCAUGUCGUCGCUCAUGAACUCUGCCCCAUCGAUAGUGACGCCUUUUCCCCUGAUGCUCCUGCCCCUGCCGCCGUUGAAGCUUCUGCCGACGCUGCUGAUGGUGCAAUCGACGACUUGGCCAUCGAGGACAAUGACUUUAACAAGUGUGGUACGAUGUGUACGAUGGUGGUGGACCCUGUCUGUGCCAAGGACAAGCGGGGUCAGAUGCGUCGUUUCAACAACCUCUGCCUUUUGACCCAGUACACGUGCGCGCACCCCACCGCUGGGUUGGAGUUUGUUGACGACAAGAGCUGCUUCUUGCAGUAG